GUUUUGAUUCAACAUUUCGUUAUUUCGUCACAAAAAAAAACAAGUUUUCUCUUACAAAUGUCGACAAUUCAACCUUCUUAAUUGAUGUUACUUCACUCCAUUCACCUCUCAAAAGUGCUUCAAAGAAUGAGCAGCAGCAGCAAAAUCGCCAAAAUUUUCGAAUCUCAGCAAAAACGAAAAUUAUCUGACACUCCAUCGCCCAAAAAAUCCCCAAAAAUCACUCCCCCAACUUCUUACAAUCCCAAAAAAGGCAAUUAUCACCCCGUGAACGAUGCAAUUUGGAGUGCUGGACAACGCGUGCCUUACGUCGCUCUCGUUCGCACCUUCGAAUCAAUCGAAACAGAAGCCGGUUCCGGUUCCAAAGGCAAGAAAAUCGACAUUUUAUGCAAUUACUAUCGUUCCGUCAUCGCAUUAUCGAAACCAGACCUCGUUCCAAGCAUCUACAUGUGCCUUAACAUCCUCGCUCCAGCCUAUGAAGGCGUCGAAUUAGGAAUUGCCGAGAUAAAAGUGACAGAAGCUGUUGCCCAAGCAUCCGGGAGGAACGUGAUUGAAGUGAAAAAUGACUUGAACACCAAAAAAGACGUCAAAGGUGACUUGGGACUUGUAGCGGAAGAGAGUUUAAGCAAAAAUUUGAGACAAACGGGCGACUUUCACACAGUUUUAAGCGUUUUUAAGGGAUUUAAGGACAUCGCGAACGAAUCUUCGUUAGAUGCGAAAGUCAGAAUCGUCAAAAAACUCCUGUUAGGAUGUCAAAACAGCGGCGAAGCGAAAUUUUUAGUGAGAUCUCUCGUCGGAAAAUUACGAAUUCAGUUGGCGGAAGCAUCAGUACUUGAAGCUUUAGCCCAAGCUUGUGUCAUGACACCUCCAAAUCUCGAAAAAUAUCGAGAAACGGACCUAAAUUCCCUCGCAAAACAAGGAAAUCCCAAAGAAAAAUUGAAAAAAGCAAUUUUAGCGAUAAAAUCUACUUACAGCAAAUGCCCGAGCUUCGAAAAAAUCAUCGAAAAUCUUUACUCGCACGGCAUUGACCAUCUCGAGGCACGUUGUUCGAUGUAUCCCGGCAUCCCAAUCAAAGCCAUGUUGGCUAAACCCACUAAUGGCAUUGCCGCCAUCUUCGAUCGUUUCGACGGAAUCGAUUUCACGUGUGAAUGGAAGUACGAUGGGGAGCGUGCACAAAUCCAUGUCGACCAUUCCGGACGAGUUUCGAUCUAUUCUCGUAAUAAUGAGAACAAUACCGCGAAAUUUCCCGACGUUAUUUCACGAAUUUCGGGCACUCUGAAGUCACCUGACGUCGAAAGUUGCAUUUUGGAUUGCGAAAUUGUUGGUUUCGACCAAAAAACGAGGAAAAUUUUGCCAUUUCAGAGCCUAAGUACGAGAAAGAGGAAAGAUGUCGACGAAAAAUCGAUCAAAAUCCAAGUUUGCGUUUACAUGUUUGACGUUUUGUACUUGAAUGGACGCCCGCUGAUCCAAGAACCCUUUUUGGUGAGACGAAAUUUGUUGUAUGAUUAUUUCACGGAGGUCGAAGGACACUGGAAAUUCGCUACGAAGCUCGAUACGAGCGAUAUGGAUGAAGUUCAAGCCUUUUUGGACGAAGCCAUUGAGGGAAAUUGCGAAGGAUUGAUGAUAAAAACCUUAAAAAAAGACGCAACUUAUGAAAUUGCGAAGAGAUCGAAGAAUUGGUUGAAAUUAAAGAAAGAUUACCUCAAUAAUGUUGGAGAUUCCUUGGAUUUAGUCGUCGUCGGGGGGUAUCACGGGCGUGGAAGACGUUCAGGAACCUUCGGAGCUUUCCUUCUCGCCUGUUACGACGACAAACGAGAUCAAUUCCAAACAAUUUGUAAAAUCGGCACCGGAUUCAGUGACGAAAAUUUGGCAAAUUUUUCGAAUUUUCUCGAAAAACAUGCGAUACAAAAUCCUUCGAAGCACAGAAUUCAGUUUGGAAGUCAACCGGAUGUGUGGUUUGAGCCAAUUAAAGUUUGGGAAGUGAGAUGUGCGGAUUUUUCCAUUUCGCCAAUUUAUAAGGCGGCGUGUGGUGUGUUAGAUGCGACGAAAGGAUUGUCACUGAGAUUUCCAAGAUUCAUUAGGGAGCGGGAUGAUAAGGGACCGCAUGAUGCGACGACAGCGAAACAAGUUGCGGAGAUGUAUAAUAAUCAGGCGCAGAUAAGGAAUCAAAAUUUGGAUGAAAAUGAUGAUGAUUAAAUAUUUUUUUUUACAAGAAUUUUUAAAAUUUUUUUUCUAAAAUGACAAAUUUUUACCUUGUCGUGUCCUUGUAGUAAGAAAAAUUUCAAGAAAAGGUAAUUUUAAACGCAAAAC